AAUGUUUCCAUGCAUCUUAAUCCUGUUGGGGACUGCGAAGGCAACAAAACCAGUCCAACCACCGCCGAUCUGUUUCUAGAGAUAGCCUGCCCGACAUUGACUCCAUUCGUCUCACAGCCUUGGGGGGAGACAUGAUGGCCUUGACAACUCCUCCCCCAAACGUGCCGACUGCUGAUGAACUGGAUGACAUUCUCAACGGCAUCAUAAACGGCGAAGACGCUUUCGAUACGAGCAAUAUUCAACCAAGACAGGAGGUAGAGAGCAGGCCGAAGGCGGCGGCAACCGAUUCUGGAUUGGGCAUCGAUGAAGAGAUCAAGAUUGUAAAAAAGCGGCAACCGAUUCCCAAGCUCGAUGACAAUAGACUACUCUCCGUAGGUGGCGUUCCUAGACUUAGAAGGAUCUGCAAGGAGCGCCUCAGAUUCAAAGGAAAGGGUCACGAAUAUGGAGAUGUUGCCCGAAUGUUGAACAUGUAUCAGUUGUGGUUGGACGAUCUCUACCCUCGGGCUAAAUUCGCAGAUGGGCUAGCCAUGAUCGAGAAGCUGGGGCACACAAAGCGCAUACAAUUUAUGAGGAAGGAGUGGAUAGAUGAGGGGAAGCCCAAACACACCACGGAAAUCGAUUCAGACGAGAAUGUUGUCUCUGCACCAGAUAAGUCGAAUGUGCCUGGAACAGAUCGGAUGGACGAUAUCCCAUCAGGGAACACGGCAGAACACACUGUUCAUUCUCCACGGGAAACAGAGCAGGGCAAGGCAUCAAACCAACCAAGGGGUCCGAAUGACAUAUUAGAUGGUGACGGGCCUGGAGAGGACGAGCUAGAUGCGUUGCUUGCGGAAAGUACAGAACCGACUUUUGCUCCCACGCCAGUAGCAUCGUUGCUACCAAAGACAGCGGAUAUUGAGGGAGAUCCUUUUGCCGAUGACAUGGAAGCUAUGGCAGAAUUGGAGGGGAUGUGGUAAAUUCAUGCGGGCAGUUCUUCUAUUCCUGCAUAGCGAGGCGCACCCGCGAGAUGUACGUCAGGG